AUGGCCAGUGUGUACGGACGCACAAGCUGCAACAUUUCGUAUGUUUGCCCCCCGUCAAGUGAUCGAGGACAGCAUCUACGAGAUCCAAGAGUCGAUCUUCCUUGCAAGCUGCGUCUAUCACCUCCUCAGACCUCAAAAAAUGCUCCAGGUCCCGCUGAGCUGGUGGUUCAAUACUCUCCAGGGUUCUUAAGAGAGUACUGGUCGCCAACAUCGCAUAAAGAAGAAUGGCCCAUACUAUCACGGGCGUGGGUUUUUCAAGAGCGGCUUCUUUGCCCACGGAACAUCUACUAUGGACAUUCUCGACUGAUAUGGGAGUGCUGCGAGGCCUUUGACGACGAGUUGUACGGCCAGGCCAAGCGCAACCCAGAAUCGAAAAUGCAGACACACGCUCUCUUCGCCGCAUCUGGCGUGGGAACAAGGGACUUCCCAGGUGACUUUGAGGCUCAAUGGACUCGUCUAGUCAAGGACUAUCGCACUGAGAGCCUGACUUACGAGACAGAUAGGGCUAUCGCCUUUGCGGGUAUCGCCAGAGCGAUCCAAGGGCAGACAAACAUGACGUAUCUCGCUGGGAUCUGGAAAGAAUUUGCAGAAUUUGAACUUCUCUGGAUUGUUCGUCGACCCGAAGCUCUCUCACACGAGACGAAUAGGAAACUGGCCGAGCAGCAAAAGCUAGCAGCCCCAUCCUGGUCUUGGUUCUCAAUCGCUACUCUCCCUCAGGAGUCACGCUUAGCUACCGAUUCAGUUGGCUUCUCGAUUUGCACGUCGAUGGCCAUGGAAUGUCGGUUUGUCGUCUAUAAAGCUCAAGUACUAUCCUGGCAUCAUCCUCACGGUCCAGAAGCCCUGUUUCACAAGUUUGAAGGGAUGAGGUUGGUACUCAGAACGCGGAAGGUUGCCAGCAAAAUGGAGUGGGUUGGAAAUGAAAUCAGGCUGUCCUCAAACGGAAAGCAUCCCUUCCAAGACUGCGGAAGGCUAGGGCCGAAGCACUCCAUGUCCUAUUCCCACGACGACGGCUCCGUCCUACCAGGCGCUCAGCUUCCGACUGACUCGGUCAUGGUUUUGUCCAUAUUCACGGCAUCCAGAAGUGGCGGAAAGACGAUCAAGGAAUAUCAGAUACCUAUUACGCAGGAGGAUGACCGUGAUGAGAACGUUGAGACGCAGUGGAAUUAUGCAGGGCUGGUGGUGGUGCCAGCUGCUGGAGGUCCUGGGGGAGAGGAGCGUUGGAGACGGAUUGGCGCCUUUUUGUAUUCCAACAGCGCGGACGGGAAGAUCCAGGUCCCCACGCCUUUUCGCAUCAAUGAAAGUAAAGAGGAGGAUAUUGUUCUCGUUUAG